CUGCUUUGCACACCCCUACUAUCUAUCUAUAUCUGUCUUUAUAGUAUGUUUGACACUUUGUUUAAGUCAUCCUGCUGCAAUAUUUUUCCUAUUCUGUCUUCUUUUCGUACCUAUAAUGCGGCGACUAGCUUUAUACUCGUCACCAUCACACCUGGAAAUUAUAUGAUACCGAACCAAAAGUAAUCAGAACUCAGCAAAUUUUAACUUUUCACUGUGGCGAUUACGUCAGGGAAUCAAUCCGUGGCAGGGGGCACAACACUUGCAUCCUGUCUCGUGUUCCCCUACCUCGUGUUCCCCAGGUAUAGCUUUUCUUAUUGCAUAAUUAAAUAAUCCUUAAAAUAUGCUUACAACAUUGGCAAAGUAUUAUAUAAUGGUGAAAUUUAACGUUACUGUUCAUUAGCGUCAAAGCGAUCUGGGUCGAAGUAUUUGCGAGGAUUUCGUUUUCUUCCGGUAACUGUUGCUAGGCAACAUGAAACUUCGUGCUUGUUGUUCGGUUUCUCGCAGUGAAGGCAGAGCGCUGAAUACGCUAAUAUUUUUUUGCCAUUUUAAUAAAUCUUCGUGUUAAAACGGAUGAACUAGUGUGAGGUUAUAGACGUAGAAUAGUGAACUAGAUCUGCAACACCAAGCGACCUUCUUACAGACAUUUGAAAGUGCUUCUAGGUCUUUUUACAUGUGAUAUUCUUUUGGUUAGCACAGAGUCUUGAGAAUGUGUGCCGGCAGGACACUGGAGGGGGCUGGCUGUGUGACCUGGUGGGGUUUCAGUCCAGCCUUAGAUCUUGUCAGCAUUGGAGCAGUGAGACAGAAGGGUCGAGUGAAUGUGUUGCUUGUUGGCAGUGGAGACCCAAGACAUAUCCUCAAAACCAUCGCCCACCUGAGAGACACCGAUACCCUACAUGUGUGGGUCGUAGAAAACUGCUUGGAAGUGGUAGCUAGGCAGCUGUUGCUGCUCUCUCUGGCCCUCACUCAUCCACGCAGCAUGGGACUACAGGAGAAAACUGAGGUAUUCCUGGAGAUCUUUGGGAACAGUGAGGUCCGCAGUCAGACCGAGCAGAUGCUCAGACACAUGGCCAGGCAGCUUUCCUUGGGUGUUACAAACACACUAACAGGCCUUAACAACUCCUGCCUAGACACUACUCAUCUUAGGUUUAAGGACCGUGAUGAUCUGGACAGGAUAUUCAAACAGUGGAUACAUCCACCCUCUCCAUCACCUUCCAUAUCAAAGGCCUGGGAUAGCCGGGUUAGGCAGCACCUGGGCACACGCUAUGAUUCUAGACUGGGAUGCUUUGACUGGGAUCUUAUGAUGAAGCUGCAUCAGAGGCAUUGUACAGUCAUUAACAAGCAGCAGUAUAUCAGGUGGAGGGAGCGAGGUGUGGCUUUUGAGAUGAGGGAGGGUCUUUACCAAUCCACCAAUCACAGUGUGCUUUCCACCCGCAUACUCAAUCACAGGGGAGACAGAGUGGCAGUUCGAGGGUAUUGGGGAGAUAUUGUUUCCAGCCCCUAUCUCUCUUUCGGCAUUGAAACGGACAACAAGACUCUCAUGAAGACACAGAAUGGGCAGCAUACCAAGAUAAAUAUUGGAGCCAACUAUGUUGAAGCUAAGUUGGCUGUAAUAGUGAGAAGCUACUGGAGUGUAUCAG